CAUACAAUAACUGCUGCCGCGCGCACUGAUUGCUGUAAGGCUUGCUUUACUGAGUGUGUUGAGAAAGGCUCCCACCAAACCUACCAUGACAAAGAAAGAUGCUUUCAAGAAGCUAAAAGAGAUCUUUUUCAAAAAAGCUGAGUCCACGCUGCCGGUAGCGGUGGGUACCAUUAUAAGUGGAAUCCUUUAUGGAGCGGAAUAUCUGAUGGAGAAAGAGAUUCUGUGUCCCUGUGACCUUCAACUGAAUGUUCGCCACACAGUCCUCGCUUUCUGUGUCCCAGCGGUCUCUCUGUUUCUGAUCAGUCUGCUGGUGUUACCCGAUGCGAGGAAAGUGGUGACUUGCCGGGUCAGCGCUGAUUCCCGGAGUACCUGCAGAUGCCAGAGUUGUCAAACUUGCGCGGAGAAUCCCUUCGGCACCGGGAUGAGGAAGGUCUACUUUUUCCUGUACACACUGCUGAAAGUAUUGCUCCCAUCCAUCCUGUGGAUUGUCAUUCUCUUCGCGGACGGGGAUUACUACGUCUGUGCGAGUUUAAAGGAAGAGUACUGGAAGACGAACAUUCAGAAUUGCAGUGCCUCUUGCGCUUCCAUUCCCAAACUAAUCCCCUCCGAGCUCAGCAAACUUUGUGUAGAUUCGCAGACAAUCGGCGGCAUUUUACUAGUGUUAACGCUGUCGGUGCUUGUCGUUCUUCACUUUCUUCCUGGCUGUAUUUGUUCUGAGGAGCAACAAGCAAAGGCCGGGGAAGAUGUAGAAAUAGAGCUGAUAUAGAGACUGGGAAACCCACAGCAGCGUCCGAAAACAGGCGGAGAAUGGGCGUUAGCGCAAAACAGUCCAAA